GCGGCGCGAUUGGAGGAUCCGCCACCGCGACACAGUCGUUCGGAUCAAUUGGAGUCGGUCGGUAGACUGUUGGAGAUCCGCUACCACGACACAGUCGUUCGGCGGCGGGGCGAUUGCCAGAGGAGGUUCCUCGAUCGGGUUCCAAGAAAGAAGAUGAGUGCGGCGGGAUCCAAGAACAAAAGAAGCAGGUCCAGCCGAGACGAUCCCGAGCCGUUGGCGCAGAAGAAGAAGAAAGUGAUUGUGUGGAGGCACGAGGAUCCAGACGCGUGGGUCAUCAGCGAUGCCGACUUGGCCAAGAUGAAACGCGACCAAGAAUCAGCUCCCCGCCCUGUGAAAAUCCCUACGAUCGAUUACUUCAAACCCCCGACCUGGUUUCACACCGCCGAGGUCUUCGCCGUCCGUGAAUCUGGAAGCGAGGCCGUGCUCUCUGCUGCCAAAUUUCUUCUAGGGAUUUCGUCCUCUCUUGAUGGCGAACCGUUGAGACGCUGCUCUGGCUUCUGGGUCGACUGGGAUGAGGAGAAGAAAGCCGGCCUUGUUUUGACAACUGCGUGGCUUAUUCGCACAAAGGAUGCUCCUUCCAGCGUCUGGUCAGGCGGCGAAGAGUAUGCCCCUCAUGCUGAUGUCACUGUUCAUUUGCUAAAUGGCACCAGUGCAAAGGGCACGCUGGUCUACUAUCAGCCCCAUUACGAUAUCGCCUUCUUGAAUGUUGAGGUGGAUCAACCAAUCAAGUUACCAACGUUUCGUGAAAAGGAUGUAAAAUUUGCUGAAGACGUUUUUCGUCUCGGAAGAGACAAUUCCUUAGAUCUAAGAAUAACAUAUGCUAGGGCAGAAUAUCGGAAUCCAAACAUGUAUCGGCGGUACCACAAUGUGCACUUCCGUUCUCCAGAUGGCCAUGGUGAUGAUAAUGAGUAUGACAAUGGGGGCCUAGUCAUUGACUUGAAGGAAAAAGUUGUCGGAAUGGUCAACCUCCCUAAAAGAUUUGGGACUUUUAUACCUUCUUCCAUUUUGCUCAACUGUUUGGAUUCAUGGAAGAAAUAUCGGUGCAUCGCCCGGCCCCAACUUGGGAUGAUGUUUGAAGCCAUCAAGCUUCUAGAGCCUGCUCAUGUUGACAUGUUAUGGCGUAUGUACAACAUUGAUUAUGGUCUUAUUGUUCAAGAGGUGUCCAAAGGAUCUAAUGCUGAGAUACUCGAAAUCCAAAAAGGUGAUGUUAUUGAAUGUAUCAAUGGAAAGCCUGUUUCUACCACAAUUGAGGUGGGUGUAUUAGAGAUUUUGUUAGGUUAAUGAGUUGAAAAUAAAUUAUAUUUGUGUGAUAGUUGGUAGCUUCACGUCUUGACUGCAAUGUUUUUUCUCUGCAAUUAUCAGUUGGAGAAUGUGCUGAUGAGCACAUGCAAGGGCCCUUCAGGUGCUGAAGUUCAUAUUUCUGUUGGGGUGUUUCACACACUCAAAGAACAACGAAGCACCCUAGAGUUGAGUGCGAAAUUAUCAGAACUUGGAGAAAUUAUCACAAGCUAGGUACACAUCUCCUUUAACUA